GGAGGAAACGCCGGCGCCCGGCGGCCCUGCGGGGAAGGAGGAAGCGCGAGCGCGUUCGGCUCAGCGCCCUCGCGCCGGGAGGCAGCCCCGCCGAGCCGGCCAGAAGCAGCCCUAGCCUGUGUUACAAUCUCUGGAGUCAUUGUUUUCAUCACCACUUGGGCUUUGAGCACUCUGCCCUCCAUCUGCACUCCAUCCUGUGACACCAUGCAUGAGAGGUAGUUUACAUGAUGGAAUUUGAACAUUACUUCAAAAGGUUUUCUAUUUUGGAUUAGUUAAUUGGGUUUGUCCUCUGCUGUUUCUUCGGAGUCAUUUUUGGAUGUCCUUUUGAGGCAUUAAACCCAAAGAGAUUAUACCAUGGACUACAAAGAAAGCUGCCCAAGUGUAAGCAUUCCCAGCUCUGAUGAACACCGAGAGAAAAAGAAGAGAUUUACUGUUUAUAAAGUUCUGGUCUCAGUGGGCAGGAGUGAAUGGUUUGUCUUUAGAAGAUAUGCAGAAUUUGAUAAACUUUACAACACUUUAAAGAAACAAUUUCCUGCUAUGGCCCUGAAGAUUCCUGCCAAAAGAAUAUUUGGUGAUAAUUUUGAUCCAGAUUUUAUUAAACAAAGAAGAGCAGGACUGAAUGAGUUCAUUCAGAACCUAGUUAGGCAUCCAGAACUUUAUAACCAUCCAGAUGUCAGAGCAUUCCUUCAAAUGGACAGUCCAAAACAUCAGUCAGAUCCAUCUGAAGAUGAGGAUGAAAGAAGUACUCAGAAGCUGCACUCUACCUCACAGAACAUCAACCUGGGACCAUCUGGAAAUCCUCAGAAACCAGGCUUUCCCUACCCUUUUGGUCUACUUGGAGAUGCCAAACCAUCUGAUUUUGAUUUCUUAAAAGUUAUUGGAAAAGGCAGCUUUGGCAAGGUUCUUCUUGCAAAACGGAAACUGGAUGGAAAAUUUUAUGCUGUCAAAGUGCUACAGAAAAAAGUAGUUCUCAACAGAAAAGAGCAAAAACAUAUUAUGGCUGAACGUAAUGUGCUCUUGAAAAAUGUGAAACAUCCAUUUUUGGUUGGAUUGCAUUAUUCUUUCCAAACAACUGAAAAGCUUUAUUUUGUUCUGGAUUUUGUUAAUGGAGGGGAGCUGUUUUUUCACUUACAAAGAGAACGGUCUUUUCCUGAACACAGAGCUAGGUUUUAUGCUGCUGAAAUUGCUAGUGCAUUGGGUUACUUACACUCCAUCAAAAUAGUAUACAGAGACUUGAAACCAGAAAAUAUUCUUUUGGAUUCAGUAGGACAUGUUGUCUUAACAGAUUUUGGGCUUUGUAAAGAAGGAAUUGCUAUUUCAGACACCACUACAACAUUCUGUGGGACACCAGAGUACCUUGCACCGGAAGUAAUCAGAAAACAGCCCUAUGACAACACUGUGGAUUGGUGGUGCCUUGGCGCUGUUCUGUAUGAAAUGCUGUAUGGCUUGCCUCCUUUUUAUUGCCGAGAUGUUGCUGAAAUGUAUGACAAUAUCCUUCACAAGCCCUUAAGUUUGAGACCAGGAGUGAGCCUCACAGCCUGGUCUAUUCUGGAAGAGCUCCUAGAAAAAGACAGGCAAAAUCGUCUUGGUGCCAAAGAAGAUUUUCUUGAAAUUCAGAAUCAUCCUUUUUUUGAAUCACUCAGCUGGACUGACCUCAUACAAAAGAAGAUUCCACCACCAUUUAAUCCCAAUGUGGCUGGACCAGAUGAUAUCAGGAAUUUUGACACAGCAUUUACUGAAGAAACAGUUCCAUAUUCUGUGUGUGUGUCUUCUGACUAUUCAAUAGUGAAUGCCAGUGUAUUGGAGGCAGACGAUGCAUUCGUUGGUUUCUCUUACGCACCUCCUUCAGAAGACUUGUUUUUGUGAACAGUUUGCCUUUCAGAACCAAUUGAGCAAAUAUAAGUCUACUGAUGGAACUGAAAUUCCUAUUUGUGUGAAUAUACUCAAAUAUGUAUAACUAGUGCCUCAUUUUUACAUAUAAUGUUGAAAACUAUGAAAAAAUGUGUUUUCUGCUAUAUGCAAGAAAAUAGGGCAUUUCAAAGAGCUAAGUUUUGAUUAAGAUUUGUAUCCUUGUUUAUUAAGCUUAUUUUUAAAUAGAAAUUUUAAAAGCUGUUAUUCUUAAUGUUAACCUAUUUUUAAAGAAAACUUUUUUGCUAUUGACUGUUUUUUUCCCUCUAAGUUUACACUAACAUCUACCCAAGAUAGACUGUUUUUUAACAGUCUGUUUCAGCUCAGUUAACUUAUAUUAAUACCUUUGUAACUCUCUACUAUGACUUUUGUUAUCAAAUCAGAACUAUGCAAUUGGUACAUGGUUGUUACAGAAGAAACCAUAUCUUUCCCUGAAGUCACUAUUUGAAAUAAUCAGUUCAUGGUAGGAUUAAAGCAUAAAAGUAUAAUUAACACAUUGGCUGCUAGUUAACUUGGAAUAAUUGUUCAUUCUGCAGGUCAUUUAAGAAGUAACAAAAGGAAAUCACUUGCUUUUGAAAUACCAAUUCAAAUUUGUGGAUUAUUUUUCCUAUGGAGGAAAAUAAAAGUUCAAUGGUUAGAAAUUUUUAGUGUUCCCAAAGAUCUGAAGGGUAAUAAAGUACUGCUGGGUUUUUUAGGCGGUACCAAACAUGAAUGUCUCUGUGUCAUAUAUUUAUAUUUCAGAUAUAGUCUAUUUAUGUUCCUAUUGAUCCUUUGAAUGUUUACUAUACUGUUAAAUAGUUCUAAAUAUUUUUAUUUGCUUUUGCAAGUAGCUAUCUCAAAAUUCUCUUUCUAAUUAGUUAAGCAAAAAAAAAAAUUGAGCUUUAUAGAAUAUUUGCUUAACUGGAAAUUAAAAAGUAAAAUAACCAAUUAUGGCUCAAUUUAAAUGUAUGUAAUUUCAUUACAGUGUUACAAAAGUUAAAAUAAUUCAGGCAGAUGCAUAUUUGUAUCUUAUGUAUAUUAGAAAAAGUACAGGAAACUGCCCUUAAGAUUAUAACAUACCAAUUAACAUGCUUGUAUAGGUAAAAGAGAAUAAUAUAGAAAAGCUACAAAAGAACGCUUAACUUGAAAUUCUGAUUCUUAGCUUAGAGGUUUUUCCAGUCAUGUAGGAAAUAUUGUGAAAGAAUUUAAUGACCCAACUUAGAUGCUCCGAGAAUAAGCAUCUCUUCCAUCUAUUUCUUGAGAAUGAUAUCACAAAAGCAUUUUUCACCAAUGCUCUGGCUUUAAAAUGUUAAACAGAAUUUAUAGGGGGUAGGGGAAGGGCCAUAUACUUUUGUUAGGUUAACAAUAUUUACAUCCAAUACACUGAAUCUUCCUUUAGAGGUAAGACUUUAAUACUGCACUGUAAAUAUUUUGUUUAUUUGGCACUACUGUAAGUUUAACUUUUACACAAACCUCUUUGCUUAUUAUAAAGCAAAAUAAAAAUUGUAAUUUCUUGUAUGAUUUUCUUUAUACUCAGUCAUUUCUUAAUUAAACUGCCAAAAAUUAAAGUACAAUGUUGUAUAUUUUUAAAAUCAAGUUUAAGAGAAUUUUGUUGUUUCUCAGAUCACAAGAAAUACAAAUCUAUAUAGUAUAAUAAAACUAGCAAAAAGAUUAA